GCAGGCAAUAUGCAGCUUAGGCAGAAUCAGAUCCUCAAGGGCAAUGCCACGUGAAGGUAAAUCACAACCGUCCGUUCCUACACACGCUUCUCCCAACCGUCCAAUCCUGAACCCCACAAAAGAACAAGCCAAACAAAGGCGUACGGCAGCAGGAAGCUCUUCGUUAACGCGAUAAAUAAGAAAGAAUAAAGUAAAAUCCGAGUUUGUGUGGUUAGCACGACUUUUUCUUAUCCUAUAUAUAGAGCUCCUACCAAUCUCUCUCUUUACCUCAUCUCUGUUUCCAAAUCGCCUGCUUGGAUUUACCGUCUCUUCGUGCAGAUUUAAUAUUAAUAUUUUAAGAAAACCCUUUGUUGGUUACCUGAUCUUCUUCCUCCAACAGUCAAGUUUCAUGUCUGAAUUCGACACCCAGGUCCCAUCUGCUUUUGAUCCCUUUGCUGAUGCAAAUGCUGAGGACUCAGGUGCUGGGACAAAAGAGUAUGUGCAUGUGCGUGUGCAGCAGCGUAACGGGAGGAAAAGCCUGACUACUGUGCAAGGAUUGAAGAAGGAAUACAGCUACAAUAAGAUACUAAAGGACCUCAAGAAAGAGUUCUGUUGUAAUGGUACAGUGGUCGAGGAUCCUGAGUUAGGCCAGGUCAUACAACUUCAGGGGGACCAGAGAAAGAAUGUUUCCUCCUUCCUUGUGCAGGCUGGCAUUGUUAAGAAGGAAGACAUCAAGCUUCAUGGUUUUUGAAUAGCAGCGGCCCCGUUACUCAAAACGAGUAAUAUAUCAUCUGAAAUUGAGUGUUGCUACAAUCUGUUCUGUUACAUGUACCUUGUAAAGGUCUGAUACAAUAGUACUGUUUUUCUUCAAGUUCUGCUGCUUGCUGUGUUAUGUGGCAGGAUACUUCGAAUACCGUUACUCAUAAUAAUAUAGUUCUGAUUUCUAUAAGUACCGUGGAAAUGACCAGCAGGUCUGCUUGUUGAUUUAUGCUUUCUA